CGCGCCCGCCCGCCUGCCCGCCUCGGUGCUAAGGCGGCUUCCUCUGCGAGGCCCUCCGUCCACUGGUUCCGGGUUCUCCCAGCUCCCCUCACUGCGGGGUCGGAGUCAGGGGUGGUGAUCUCCGCCUACACCGAGGGACAGGUGUACUGCAGCACCACUCGGCCCCUUGCCCCAGCUCCUGAGUGAGCGUCCCUCCGGCUGUCUCUUGGGAUCAUCCCCUAGGCUGUCAGGAUGGUGUCCUGGAUGAUCUGUCGCCUGGUUGUGCUCAUAUUUGGCAUGCUGUAUCCUGCUUAUGCUUCCUACAAGGCUGUGAAGAGCAAGAACAUUCGAGAAUAUGUCCGAUGGAUGAUGUACUGGAUUGUGUUUGCAAUCUUCAUGGCGGCAGAAACCUUCACCGACAUCUUCAUUUCCUGGUUCCCGUUUUAUUAUGAGCUCAAGAUGGCUUUCGUGCUGUGGCUGCUCUCACCUUACACCAAGGGAGCCAGCCUGCUCUACCGAAAGUUUGUCCACCCGUCCCUAUCCCGCCAUGAGAAGGAAAUCGAUGCGUGCAUUGUGCAAGCAAAGGAGCGCAGCUACGAGACCAUGCUCAGCUUCGGGAAGCGGAGCCUCAACAUCGCUGCCUCAGCCGCUGUGCAGGCUGCUACCAAGAGUCAAGGUGCUCUGGCUGGAAGGCUGCGGAGUUUCUCUAUGCAAGACCUACGCUCCAUCCCUGACACCCCUGCCCCCACCUACCAAGAUCCCCUCUACCUGGAAGACCAGGUACCCCGACGCAGACCCCCAAUUGGAUACCGUCCAGGUGGCCUACAGGACAGUGACACAGAGGAUGAGUGUUGGUCAGACAAUGAGAUAGCCCCCCAGCCACCUGUCCGGCCCCGAGAGAAACCUCUGAGCCGCAGCCAGAGCCUCCGGGUGGUCAAGAGGAAGCCAUUGACUCGAGAGGGCACCUCACGCUCCCUGAAAGUCCGAACUCGGAAAAAGGCCAUGCCCUCAGACAUGGACAGCUAGAGUGUACAGAUUCAGGCCACCUUACCUCUGGAACCAGCAGGGGACCUUCCACUGCUACACCAGCUACCUGGGCUCUGUUCCUUCUGGUUUCUGCCUAAGGCUUGUGCCUAAGGGGCACAUGGCGUGGUACCCAGCAAGGGGAUAUACUCACUAUACCAAAGCAGGCCAGGCCCAGGGGCCUAUUUAUUGCCUUCCUCAGCCUUUUACUUUCCCAGACAUGGGACCAGAGCCCCACCAUUCCCUGCAGACUAAACCAAAAGUCCAACCA